AUGUAUUCUCGUCUUCUUCUCUUUCUUAUUGUGCAAGUUUUCUUUUUGCUAAUUCCAAUUAGCAGUAUUCAAGUUGGAUCGAUUAAUGAUGCAAUCUUAUCUGCACCCCUUGCUACUGUUAUACCAGUGAACGAUUCAUGUGAUAAAUGCAUUUGUCUGAUGCUCUUAGUUUUUGACGUCUUAGGCGUCAAUUGUUUGUGGAAUCGAACGUGUGCACUAUUUUAUAAUUAUUCAUCAACUUACAGCAUUGACCAAAAGUCGAAUUCUAGCUUCCAUUUUCUCAGCUUACCACAAGAACUAGAGCAAUCGACAUACGCAUCGACUGAAAGCUCAAUCAUGAUACCUUGCAAUUUCACUUGUCAAAACAAUAGUACAUGUUCAAUGCUUGGAAUAUGUGCCUGGGCAAAUCAAUGGAGUGGAGCCCAAUGCGAAAUUCCUAUUUGUUCACCUUCAUGUGAAAAUUCGGAAGUUUGUGUUUUACCAGGCGUUUGUCAAUGUAAAUACGGCUGGUCAGGAAGUUACUGUCAGAGCGUAAAAACAGUGCUGUGGACAUUCGACAAUACAUUAAAUGACACGAGUGGUCAAUUUAUGGGGUCAGGUCGUUAUUCCCCAACUUAUACGUCAGAUGUCGAUGGAUAUGACUUAGCUUUGUCAUUGAAUGGCACUAGAAACCAAUGUGUAGUUGUCAACCCGUAUCUGAACAUGAGUUAUUUUAGCUUCACCUGGCAGUUUUGGAUUUUUCCAACGAUACCAAUGACGAGAGAUACUAUGUUCAUUGGUCAAUGUGCUCAGGCUAUUCGUGAUCGAUGUUUUAUAAUUAUGACUAGGACUACCGUCAUGUGA